ACACACGCUAGCUGUAAUGUAACUAUUCACACUCAACUUUUAGGAUGUGGCGUAUUGACCCAUUUUUACACUGUAACUCUCCAGUUUUCGCCUUUUAAACUGAAACUUUCUCUGAAAUCAGAGCAGGCACAUUGUGGUCUGCCAGUUUUCGCCUACCCGGUUUAACGUGUCUGAAGGAGAAGUGAAGGACCGUGUUGCACAACUGUUGAACUCUUUUAACCCUUGUGUUGUUGCGGCGUUGUACUUGUCAGUCUGUUGUUCUGUCGCAACAGUGAGGAUCUAAACAACCCCACAGAGUACAGCCCAACAGACAGGAAGCAGGAAUGAUCACCUACAGCGAGGUCACAAGCAAGCCUAGCCCAAAGACCAAGGCCCUCUCUACAGUCUGCAAAGCUCGUUCCUCAGGGUCACUAUAACAGGAAGCAGGCUCCACACAGGUGAUCAGUCAGUGUCCCAGCUGUAGCCUCCUUAACAUAUAAGGGUAAAUGAACAGGACGAGAGGGCGUGCAUCAAUUUAUGGAAUGUUUUAUAACUUGUAUUUCAGAACCCUGGUGUGUUCAGAGGGACAAUGCAGAACGUCAACCCAUUUAAGUCCAGCCCCCAGGUUUCUCAAGCUGCAUCUUCAGAGUCGCUGGAACAGGGUCGGGCUUCAGACACUAAACAGAACCCGGGUAUGUUAAAAGGGUUGAUGCAGACAGUCAACCCGUUCAAGCCUUCAGCACAGGUGCCAAAGAGUGAUCCUCAAAAUGAUGCUGCCAAUCCACCAGAGACGGGAAAAGAACUUCGUGGCAAACAGAAUCCAUCAAUGAUUGCAGCAAUGAUGCGGAAAGUCAACCCAUUCAAAUCCUCCCAGCCACAGGAUAACCAGCCUCUUCCCACUCACCUUUCCUCCAGCACUGGGAGCCUAGCAGCCGGUAGCAGCGUGCCAGAGAAGCAGGAAGACCAAGCUAUUCACAGUGAGCACUCCUCCAGCUCAGACAGUGUGAAUGACAGCACCAUAGAGAGACACUCUAUUUGGUAUACUAAUGCCAGCUGCGAGGUGAAAAACCAGCCAACGGAGGCACCGAGGAAGGGGACUAUGACUUUGAGAUUAAGGAGAAUUCUGCCCACUGUUUUAUUUGGAUCUGGAACAAAGGAAUCAUCAUCUGACACUCAAGCACUCCCCCGGGAAGUAGUGGAAGUUGAGACACUAGAGAUGGCUGAAGUACCAGUGCCCAGUGAAGGAACUGUCCUGGACCCUCUAGAAAAUGAGGAAGGCCUUUUAGCGUGGUGGAGAACAGUAGGGGGCUGGGAUGAGUGGAAUCAGAGCAACCAGAACGAUGAACCUGAAGAAGUGGUGGAACAGGCAGCUGAUCGUGUCUUCAUGGCAGCUCAACUUUUUGUUCGCUUUUUUAACCAGCGUGGCGCCUCACUCCAGCAGCGAAUCCUGGAGCUGCUCGCUUUGGCGGAUUCAGCCGACAUUUUCCAUAAGAAAACCGUCAAGGCCUGUGUCGGUGGUGGGGUGGCCAGUGUUGCUGGGUCUAUCACCACUAUCACUGGCCUCGUUUUAGCACCCUUUACAGCAGGAGCAUCGCUCAUUGUCACUGCCGUAGGCAUCGGUGUAGCCACGGCAGGUGGGGUGGCGUCUGCUUCAGCCAACAUCACCGACACAGUCCAUUCAAAGACAGACCGCAAUAAGGUGGAGCAGAUGAUCAAAGACUACGAGGAGGAGAUGAAGGACAUCAAAAAGUGCCUAGAGUUUUUGCAGGAAGGGAUGGAGACGCUUGAGGAGUGGAACUUUGAGAAGUAUGUUGAGAGCAUCGCAAGGAAGCACCUUAACAAGAACGUUGAACAUGUAAUGAAGGAGGGCGGGCGGGCCGGAAAGGCUUUAAUGAUCAACACAGAGAGCCUGAUUAGUACUGUUCAGGUCCUCAGUGUUGCAGGGGGUGCUGCUAAAGCCGCCCAAGUGAUGAGCGUUACCACUGGAGUUAUGUCAGGUCUCUUCCUGGCUCUCGACAUCUUCUUCCUGGCAAAGGACACCAUGGAGUUAAAAAAGGGAGCCAAGACAGAGUUUGCUGCUAAGAUUCGAGAGGUUUGUAGGGACCUGCAGGAUGGGCUGCUGGAGCUAAACCGCAUCAAGGAACAGCUGCAGAAAACGAUUGAUGGAAUAGAGGUGGAGGUAGACAAGGAGGAAGAGGAUGAACCGCUUUUAAGGUCUGAGUUGAAGAAACUUGUUGACUUUGAAGAAUAAGGCUCCUUAGAUAACCAAACCAAAUGUUGACAGACAACAAGACAGUUAAGACAAAUUAUUUCUCCCAAGAACUGUUUUCCCUUGGGUUUGUGGAAGACUUGGAUGGACAAAUUUGGCGGGGCUCAUUUGUACGAAGCACAUUAUGUUAAAUUAACUUGCAUGAAAUGUGCCAUAGAAAUAAAGUUUAAAUAGAUCUGAGAAAUUAUUUUGCUUGGCUUAGGUGCAGCACCUUAGC